CCCCUCACUCCCCUCAGGGAAAGGAAGUGCCCGUCGGUGUCCGCCGCCGCCGGUCCCUCAGCCCUUUCUCCUCCUUCCGCCGCCCCCGGUAUGCUCUGAACUGCCCCCGCCCGCUCCGCGGCGCGUCCGCCGCCCCUCCGAGGCGUGAAUGACAGAGGAGGUGCCCCCGACUGCACUUACGGACGUAAACCUGCGUCUUCUCUGCCACGAUGACAUAGACACGGUGAAGCAGCUCUGUGGAGACUGGUUCCCAAUAGAGUACCCUGACUCAUGGUACCGAGAUAUCACUUCCAACAAGAAGUUCUUUUCCCUCGCAGCCACAUAUAGAGGCUCCAUCGUGGGAAUGAUAGUGGCAGAGAUCAAGAGCAGAACAAAGGUGCAUAAAGAGGAUGGAGACAUCCUAGCUUCCAAUUUUCCUGUGGACACUCAAGUUGCUUACAUCCUAAGUCUUGGAGUGGUGAAAGAGUUCAGAAAACAUGGAAUAGGUUCGCUCUUGCUUGAAAGUUUAAAAGACCAUAUAUCAACGACUGCCCAAGAUCACUGCAAAGCCAUCUACCUGCACGUCCUCACCACUAACAACACAGCAAUAAACUUCUAUGAAAACAGAGACUUUAAACAGCACCACUAUCUCCCCUAUUAUUAUUCCAUCAGAGGGGUCCUCAAAGAUGGCUUCACCUACGUCCUGUACAUCAAUGGUGGACACCCACCCUGGACAAUCUUUGACUACCUACAGCACAUCGGAUCAACGCUAGCCAGCCUGAGCCCGUGUUCAAUUCCCCAGAGGAUAUACCGACAAGCCCAGAGCAUCCUCUGCAGCCUCCUGCCCUGGUCUGGCAUUUCUGCCAAGAGCGGCAUCGAAUACAGCCGGACGAUGUGACUGGGUCGGCCGGUGUACAGAAAGCAAAGGAUUGUUCUUCCUUCCAUCUCCUGAACCAUCUGGCUCUGCACUGAUUCCAGUGAUGACGGCUCUUGGUCGGUGACCCAGCCCCUGGACGGGACUCCUCGUUCCGCAGGUUGACCAAGAUUUGGCAGAUUUCACACUUGACGGGCUGCAGCCCUGACUUCCCCCCGUGGCCUGGGGCCUGUGGGCACUGUGCCCAGGCAGGCCUGGCUGUCCUGCGAGGCAUCUGGCCGUGCCGUAGCUGAGGCCCCUGUGCGUCACCCCUCCGUGUGCAUGUUGCACUGUCCCCACCACUUCCCUUGCCUCUGGUUUGCUCCUUUCCGUACGCGUGAUGCAGAGGGGCUCAGCUGCUGCUUCCACACCAUGGCUGCUGAGGGUGGUGUCAAUGAGGUUAACGAAUCUGCACCGACCCACCGUGUAGAUGAGGUGUAAGCGCCCUGGCAGGCUGCUGCUGGUGGAAUACACUGUUGUGUCCUCGCUGCAGGGGAAAGGUGGGAGUUGAGGAUCGUGUCUGGGUCCUGCCAAGUCACCUGCUGGUGCUUCCUGCGGGAAACUUCCAGGGAGGGGGAAACUACCCAGCCCCCCCCAGCCCUCUGGAGCGACGUAAAAAGAAGCAUUGAAUUCAGGAUGCAUCAAGUAGAAGGCAGGGAAUGAAAUUGCUAUUUCAUAGUGAAAUAUAUAUAUUAUACUGUAUAGAUCUUUCUGCCUUUGUCCAAGUUGGAACAUAGCAGGGGAG